CCGGGGGACCGGCUCCCAGCUCCCUCCAGCGUGCCCCCCACACAGUGCUCAUGCGCGCGACCCAGCCUUUAUAGCGGCCGCGGGAGCUGCGCUUUCCGCACUCGAGCGGAGCCGGGCGGAUCCCACGCAGGUCCGAACAGUCCCUCAACCACCAUGUCUGCAGCCUGGAUCAUAGUUCUCUGUCUCGGUAUCUGUCUGACGCUGCUGCCGGAACCCGCGGGCAGCGAGGGACCAGUUCCUAUUGCUAUCACAUGCUUUACCAGAGGCUUGGACAUCAGGAAAGAGAAAGCAGAUGUCCUUUGCCCAGGUGGCUGCCCUCCUGAGGAAUUCUCUGUGUUUGGGAACAUAGUUUAUGCUUCUGUAUCAAGCAUAUGCGGGGCUGCUAUCCACAGGGGAGUAAUCAGCAUCUCAGGAGGACCUGUACGCAUCUAUAGCCUACCUGGCCGAGAAAACUAUUCCUCUGUAGAUGCCAAUGGCAUCCAGUCUCAGAUGCUUUCCAGGUGGUCUGCUUCUUUCACAGUGACUAAAGGCAAAAGUGGUGCUCAGGAAGCCACAGGACAGGCAGUGUCCACGGCACGUCCAUCAACAGGCAAACGACUAAAGAAAACACCAGAGAAGAAAACUGGCAAUAAAGACUGUAAAGCAGACAUCGCCUUUCUGAUUGAUGGAAGCUUUAAUAUUGGGCAGCGCAGAUUUAAUUUACAGAAGAAUUUUGUUGGGAAAGUGGCUCUGAUGUUGGGAAUUGGAACAGAGGGACCACACGUGGGUCUUGUUCAAGCCAGUGAACAUCCCAAGAUAGAGUUUUAUUUGAAAAACUUCACAUCAGCCAAAGAUGUUUUGUUUGCCAUAAAGGAAGUAGGUUUCAGAGGAGGUAAUUCCAAUACAGGCAAAGCCUUGAAGCAUACUGCUCAGAAAUUUUUCACAGCUGAUAAUGGAGUGAGAAAAGGGAUCCCCAAAGUGGUGGUGGUGUUUAUUGAUGGUUGGCCUUCUGAUGACAUUGAGGAAGCAGGCAUUGUGGCCAGAGAGUUUGGAGUCAAUGUAUUUAUAGUUUCUGUGGCCAAACCUAUCCCUGAAGAAUUGGGGAUGGUUCAGGAUGUUGCAUUUGUUGACAAGGCUGUCUGUCGGAAUAAUGGCUUCUUCUCUUACCAUAUGCCCAACUGGUUUGGCACCACAAAAUAUGUAAAGCCUCUGGUACAGAAGCUCUGUACUCAUGAGCAAAUGAUGUGCAGCAAGACCUGUUAUAACUCAGUGAACAUUGCCUUCCUAAUUGAUGGCUCCAGCAGCGUUGGAGAUAGUAAUUUCCGCCUGAUGCUUGAAUUUGUUUCCAACAUAGCCAAGACUUUUGAAAUCUCAGACAUUGGUGCCAAGAUAGCUGCUGUACAGUUCACUUACGAUCAGCGCACAGAAUUCAGUUUCACUGAUUAUAACACCAAGGAGAAUAUCCUUGCUGUUAUUAGGAACAUCCGAUAUAUGAGUGGUGGAACGGCCACUGGUGAUGCCAUUUCCUUUACUGUGAGAAAUGUGUUUGGUCCUGUGAGGGACAGUCCCAACAAGAACUUCCUGGUAAUUGUCACAGAUGGGCAGUCCUAUGAUGAUGUCCGAGGUCCUGCUGCUGCUGCACAUGAUGCAGGUAUCACCAUCUUCUCUGUUGGUGUGGCUUGGGCACCCCUGGAUGACCUGAAAGAUAUGGCCUCUAAACCAAAGGAGUCACAUGCUUUCUUCACAAGAGAGUUCACAGGAUUAGAACCAAUUGUUUCUGAUAUCAUUAGAGGCAUUUGUAGAGAUUUCUUAGAAUCCCAGCAAUAAUGGUGAUAUUUUGACAACUGAAAGAGAAAGUACAAGAGGAUCUAAUGUAUAAACUGUAUUCCCAAUAAUGAAAUAUCACAGCAUACUAGCAUAGUAUGUAUAGUAUUAUAGCAUACUUGUAUUAAAUGUCAACAGCUGUUCUAAACAAAUAAGCAUCCUUUUAAAGCUACUACCUUCUGAUUACAAUUUAGACUUCACAAUUAUUUAAAACACUUGGCUGCCUCUUCAUAACUAUGGCCCUUAGAAACUCAGGAAGAGGAGAUAUGGAUUAAAAUCUCUAAAAAGUUUUAAUGUUUAUUAAAUGUUUAGAUAUGUAAAUGUCAAAUAUCAAAAGAAUGUGAUACCUAGAUCAAAAGCAACAUUUCUUUUCUAAUCAUUUUCUAUUAAUUAUAUAAAGAAAAUGAAAGAGAAACCAAUAGAAACCAGCUUUUUAACAUAGUUCAACUAUUUGGAUCCAGGUGGAUAUUUUCUUAAAACCAAUCAACAAUAUAGAUAGCUGUUCCUUCAUACUAAAAAGUUACAAUUAUGGAUUAUAUUGCUAGGAAUUGUGUAUCAAGCUUCUUUGUGUGUUUUCAUAGUCACUUAUGACUGAAAAUAUUACACUGAACAAGACAGCAGGAUUGCUUGGUAUUUUUCUAUUUAUAUACUUAAUUUUGUAUGUGUGGAGAUACAUUGACUCGUACUCUAAAAGACAGCAAAGCACUGAGAAAAUAGUUGGUAAGGUUUUUGGAAAAAAAAUUUCAAACAACAAAACUGCAGGAAAAGUAUUGUAGUUUGGAUACUUAAUAAAAUUGCUAGUGACUUAUUCUAAGCUGCCUUUUAUUAUUCCAAGUGUUUCUCCCUAAGAUAUGGUAAAUAGUCUAUAUUUACUAAUUUACAUGGAAAGACCAAUCUGAAUUGUUUUUUAAAUACAUAGUAUCCAUAGUAUCUGGGCCUAUGGGAGGCUGCAUAAAUUGAAGGCCUGGGCAACUUAGAGAAAGCCUAUCUAAAAACUGGGGGAAAAAAAAACAAAAAACUAGGGAAUGUAGCUCAGUGGUAAAAGUACCUUUGAGUUCAAUUCCUAACACACACACACACACACACAAAGAACACAAUGUGCAAUGAUACCAAGUAUAUAUAUUCUUUCAUAAUUAUUUACUGAAUGCCUACUGUUUUAGGCAUUGCCAGAUUAAGUAAGCACUAUCACAUGCUUCUGAGUAGUAGCUUCAACACAAAUGUUUUGUAACUAGUGCUAGUUUGUUAAGUUGAUGCAAGAGGAGAAUAUCAAAAUUAAUGUAUACUAGCUCAUCAGGGCUUUCCCUCACAGACAGAGGUGUUCUAUCACCCCAUCUUGGCUGUCUUCUCCAUAAAUAGGUUCUGUUCCUCCUUGUGAACCCUAUACCCACCCCACUUCAAACAGAUCCAGAUUCCAACUGAAACUGUACAAUCAAAGAAUUGACCUGAAAAAGGCUUUAAUUGGCUGGAAAAAUAUAUUCCAGUAAAUCGAAAUGGCAGAACUUGAAUUACCUUUGACAUUACACAAAUGUUUGAUAAAAUGGAGGUUGAGAUGACAAUAACUUCCUUCCUCUUCCUUUAUAAAAAGCUGAAAAUGAUGGAUUAAUUUAACAAGAAUUUUAUCAUCAUCAAAAUUCAACUUAACAUGGUUUUUCAACUGUACAUAGACCACAAAUUCUCAUUCUGGAGUACCCUUCCUUAAUUAAAAAUUAAGCUUCAAUGAAGCCACAGCUUCUAGUUAUUCUUGUUUAAAGGUGUGUGUGUGUGUGUGUGUUUUAAUUCUAUAAAGGAGAAAAUUUUUAGUAAUCAGGGAAGUGAAUAUUUUACUGAGGUAACAUGCAAGAGCAGAAAUCAGAACUUUAAGCAACUAUCAAUUUCUCUGAGUAAACAAUCAGGAUAAAGGGUUAACAACUAAAAGGAGUAAAAAUUUUUAAAAACAUUAUAAUUCAACUUCAGCAGGCAUGUCUAAAUUUCAAAUAUGCUAGCUCAUUUACAACUUUUAAUGUACUGUUAGUUUUCAGUAGAUAACAGUUUUGAAAUAAGAAAAUACAAAUAUGAAAGAGGGUGAAUGUGAUUAAAUGACAAAGUCAACAUAUUGUUUGUAUAUAAAAAUAUCCUCAAACCUUAUGUAUAAAGUCCUACUUCAUAACCUAAUCUGUUAUUUUCCAUGUCACAAAUAGCACACAAAUAAAAGACAAUUCUUUUUGCA